AUGUCUCACCUCCAGUACUCUGACUAUGAGGGGUACGGCGAUAGAGCUAGGAAGGAGGUCCACUAUAGCCAGGCGGUCCGAUACGGCAGUAUCAUUGAGAUAUCCGGGCAAGGCGGAUGGGACCGCAUCUCCGAAGCCAUCCCCGCCUUAGAAGGCCCUCAAAUCGACCAAGCCUUCGCCAACGUCGAGCACACGCUGCAAAAAGCAGGCGGCAAAGGCUGGUCGCAAGUGUACAAAGUGCGCUGCUACGUAGUGAAGAUGGACACGCUGGAAAGCGGCCACAUCGUGCGAAACCUGCGGAAGUACUGUCCGGACCAUCAGCCGAUUUUAACAGUCGUCGGCGUAGAGAGCCUAGCGCUGAAAGACAUGCGGAUUGAGAUCGAGGUCGCCGCUCAUUUAGGAGAGUAAACAUGUUUUCCAAAAAAUGCUCGACCUGCUUGCCUUUACGCGGGUGAUUGAGAUGAAACGAAAUAAAUGGACCAUACUCAUAUCUUCUUCUCAACCCUUAAACAAGCCGCAACGCUAUUACAAAAAAGCUUGCAAUUCGCCGGCGUGAACUGAUACUUAUUCUGCACGUAAUGCUUGUACACGACCCUCGCUGCCAUCUCAA